UUACCUUUGAUAAAAUUAAAAUUUCACUGUAAUUUUUAAUUUUUUCAAAAUUUAAAAAUAGUUUAUUAAAGCUUUUCUUAAAAAAAAUGUGAUUGGUCAAUAACAACUUUAUAAUAUGUACAUUGAGUUGUAAGCGUUUUUAACAUAUGGUGGCUAUGCAGUAUGCGUUAUAAAUAUAUACUAGAACAAGUAUUGAUGUAAUCAGACAGUGACAAACAAACCGUAAGAACACAAGCUUGACAGUUAAACAACAAUUAUCCAAUUUUAAAAUAAUGCAUUUUAUUAUACCUGAAAAUUAAAAUGGGCUUUUUAUGUAAAUUAUUGGUAAUGCAACUAUGUGAUGCUCGGUUUCUAUGGUUAAUGCUCAUUGCUGUUAUAACGAAGAAUACAAAUUCAGAGUUUAUGGAGUAUAACAAUUUAUUGGAGGAUGUUUUAACGAGUGGUACAAUAAUUUCACCUUCUUCAAAAAGAGGUGAUGAAAAUACGAAAGCAGAAACAUAUAAUAAUGGGGAAAAAAGUAAUGAAGAAUCACUGAAAAAGUACAAUCGAAAAAAGGGAGGUUUGGAUAAUGGCAUAUUACAUCAAGGAAAAUAUUUUUCUCGUAAUAAAAAAAAAAAAGGAGCAACAUACAAAAAAGAACACAAGAAUAAAAAGUAUAAAAUAAAAAAGGGUUUUCGUGAUAAACAUCACAAGGAUGAAAAACAUGAUGUAAAUACUUUCUGGGAUAAUUAUGAAACAUAUGAAACAUUUAAAAAAAUUGGUAAAAAGAAAAAUAAAAAAAUUAACGGUCAAAAAACUAAAAAAAGAAAUGAAAAAAAUAAAAAAAGUAAAACUGAAAACGGAAAUAAAAAAAAAGCAAAAGCAGAGACUCAAUCAGGAAUCAACGUAGACACUGGUUUAAACAAGAAAAAAUUAAAUAGUUCACAUUACAAUAAUAAAUUUAAAUAUCAAAAAGAUAUGGGAAAUACUCAUAAGAAUAGGAACACAUAAAUAUAAUAAUUUAAUGCUUCAUUAAAAAUAAAAUAUAUUUAAAGUGAGAAAUAGAAAAAAAUAGAUAUUAGAUAACAUAGUCUUAAGUAUUAUAAUACAAUAUUGAAGUAAGGAGUUAUUGAUUUUAUUAAGUUAAUAGGUUAUAUAUAACCUGAUAAACUUAAUUACAUUGGCCUAUUAA